AAUCCUCCCUCCCUCCCGCCGCAGCCUGGGCUCCCUUCGUCCGCAACUUCCUGCCGAGUGCUGGGGAGCCGCUCGCGUUUUGGGGACCCCCGAAGUCCGGUGCUUGCAGCGGGAGGAGGCUGGGGCCGCGGGGCGGCCAGCCGUGGGCGGGAGUGGCCGGCAGCCCCAGCCGCUUCCGAGAGCGACUUUCAAACUCGGCGCCCGCUUCGCGGCGGCGCCACCUGGGCAGCCCCGCGCGCCCUGCGCGUCGCGAGCCGGCGGGGCGGCCACGGCUCGAAUCUCCCCGAGGUGACAGCCCCAGGCAGCGAUGCCAGGAUGCCUGUCUCAACCGCCCUCCACCAAGACGGCAGCCAGGAGCGGCCACCGAGCCUGAUGUCCACCACUUCCUCAUCUGGCUCCUCCCGUGACAGCCGCAGUGCCAUGGAGGAGCCCACCAGCUCAGAGGCUUCAGCCCCGAACGGGACAGGCUCCCCUUGGGGCCGGCAUGUUCCCAACAGCAACAACAACGCCAGCGGCCGGCUGAACAUGAAGGGACCCCUGUCCCCAUUCAACGGCCGUGCAGGGACAGGUCCCGCCCAUCACAAGCUCAGCUACCUGGGCCGGGUGGUGCGAGAGAUCGUGGAAACAGAGCGCAUGUACGUGCAGGACCUGCGGAGCAUUGUGGAGGACUACCUCUUGAAGAUCAUUGACACUCCGGGGCUCCUGAAGCCAGAGCAAGUCAGCGCCCUCUUUGGGAACAUAGAGAGCAUCUAUGCACUGAACAGCCAGCUUCUCAGAGACCUGGACAGCUGCAAUAGUGACCCUGUGGCUGUGGCCAGCUGCUUCGUGGAAAGGAGCCAAGAGUUUGAUAUCUACACUCAGUAUUGCAACAACUACCCCAACUCAGUGGCAGCCCUGACAGAGUGCAUGCAGGACAAGCAGCAGGCCAAGUUCUUCCGGGACCGGCAGGAGCUGCUGCAACACUCCCUGCCUCUGGGCUCCUACCUGCUGAAACCUGUCCAGCGCAUCCUCAAGUACCACCUGCUGCUCCAGGAAAUCGCCAAACAUUUUGAUGAAGAAGAGGAUGGCUUCGAGGUGGUGGAGGAUGCCAUCGACACAAUGACAUGUGUGGCCUGGUACAUCAAUGACAUGAAGCGGAGGCAUGAGCACGCAGUUCGGCUACAGGAGAUCCAGUCGCUGCUCAUUAACUGGAAGGGGCCAGACCUGACCACCUAUGGAGAACUGGUCCUGGAAGCCACCUUCCGAGUGCACCGCGUACGCAACGAGAGGACUUUCUUCCUCUUUGACAAGAUACUGCUCAUCACCAAGAAACGGGGCGACCACUUCGUCUACAAGGGCCACAUUCCGUGCUCCUCGCUGAUGCUGAUCGAAAGCACCAGAGACUCCCUCUGCUUCACUGUUACCCACUAUAAGCACAGCAAACAGCAAUACAGUAUCCAGGCCAAGACAGUGGAGGAGAAACGGAGUUGGACUCACCACAUCAAGAGACUCAUCCUGGAGAACCACCACGCCACCAUCCCCCAAAAGGCCAAGGAAGCCAUCUUGGAAAUGGACUCCUAUUAUCCCAGUAGGUACCGCUGCAGCCCAGAGCGGCUGAAGAAGGCGUGGUCCUCCCAGGAUGAGGUGUCUACGCAUGCGCGCCAAGGUCGCCGGCAGUCUGAGCCCGGUUAUACCCUGUUCAGCAGGGCGACACUUCCCAGCAGGCAGCAAGGAUUGGAGAUGCCAGGCCUUAAGGGCCGUAGAAAGUCGGAGCCAACCAGACACCUGCUCAGGCAGCUAAAUGACAAAGCCAGGGUAGCAGGAAUGAAGCAUGCAGGCAGUGCCGGAGCCCUCCUGGACUUUGAGCAGCCGCCCCGUGCCCGGGGCCUGCAGCCAGAGGCUGAGGGGCCUGCCACGGAGGAGCUGGAGGAAGAGGAAGAGGAGAUAGUGGAGGAGGAUGGACAGCAGCAGCAGCAGACCUUCCCAGUCUCCCUGGAGGACUUGGCAGGGCAUGAAGGCAGUGAGCAGGUGCCUGGGCCAGAGCUCCCAGGUUCAGAGGAGGAAGAGGAGGAGGAGGAGGAGGAGGAGAGUCUAGCAGUGGCUGAGCAGGUAGCUGACUUUGCCAGCUCCCUGCUGGCUGCCCUCCACUGCUGGCACUAUCGGGCCAACGCUUUACUUUUCUCCCGGGGUGCUAUGGGGAAAAGACUCAGGGAGUCCGAAGACUCGAAAAGCUGCAGAAGGCCCGGCAACCGGUCUCCCACCAGUGCGGAGAAACGCAUGAGCUUCGAGUCUGUUUCUUCCCUGCCAGAGGUUGAGACAGAUCCUGAGCCUGAGGCCGAGCAGGAGGCCUUUACUGCCUUGGAAGGUCCCAGCACUGAGAUGCCUUCAGACCCAGAAUCUCCAGAAGUUCUGGAAACACAGCUUCAUGGCCCCAAGGGGCUGCUGGGGGUAGAGGACCCGGUUGACGCGGUCAACUUUGUGGAGGCUGAGGGCACUGAGGACCUUAAGGCCCUGAGUAGUGAGGAGGAGGAGGAAGAGGAGGGAGCCACCCAGGAGCCCGAGAGCCUCCUGCCGCCCUCAGUUCUAGACCAGGCCAGUGUCAUUGCUGAGCGCUUCGCCAGUAGCUUCUCUCGGCGGAGCAGCCUGGCGAUGGAGGACGGCAAGUCCAGUGGCCUUGGGACACCGCGGCUCAUCAGCCGGAGCAGCAGUGUGCUUAGCCUGGAGGGCAGUGAGAAGGGCUUAGCCCCCUGGGGCAGUACUGGGGACUCCCUCGGCAACCCACCCACCCCUGAAGUGGCCGCCAGUGUAGACGUGGUCACGGACAAUGGCCCUUCGGUCAAUGGGACAGAAUCUUCCAAUGUCGUAGGCUCAGGCUGCCCUACAGAACCGGACAGAUCUUCCUGCAAGAAAAAGGAAUCGGCGCUGUCCACCCGAGACCGGCAGUUGCUGGACAAAAUUAAGAACUACUAUGAAAACGCAGAGCACCACGAUGCGGGCUUCAGCAUCCGUCGGCGGGAGAGCCUCUCCUACAUCCCUAAAGGAUUGGUGCGGAGCUCCGUGUCCAGGUUCAACAGCCUUCCCAAGCCAGAUUCAGAGCCAGCAGCUCCGGCUGGGUACAAGAGGCCAGGGAGUUCUCGGCCAGCCUCAUGGGCUUUGUUCGACCUCCCAGGACCCAGCCAGUCAGGCACAGGGGACCCAGCUCCUGUCACAGAUGCCGAGUUCCGCCCAUCUUCAGAAAUUGUGAAGAUCUGGGAGAGGAUGGAGUCUUCGGAGAGGAGUCCACGAACAGGGCCUGGCCAGAGCCAGACCAAUGGCUUUGAGCUGCAAGAGCCGCUGUUCAUCUUGGAGGAGCAUGAGCUGGGGGCCAUCACGGAGGAGUCUGCCGUGGCCUCUCCGGAAAGUGCCUCCCCCACUGAGCAGCCCAACCCCGCCCACCUGGCCCUGGAGCUGAAGCAGCUGGUGAAAGAGCUGAGCAGCGGUGUCCAGGGGGAGCUGGUGACCCCCCUGCACCCCCGGAUUGUGCAGCUCUCCCAUGUGAUGGACAGCCAUAUGAGUGAGCGUGUCAAGAACAAGGUCUACCAGCUGGCCCGCCAGUACAGCCUCCGAAUUAAGAACAUCAAGGCAGCUAGGCCACCUCUGCCGUGGGAUAAAGCAACUCCUGACAGGGGUGAGCAGGUCCCCGCCAUCUCUGGCCUGCCGGAGGAAGCCGGAGAGUUGUCAGGGGGCAAAGCCAGGAGGAGGCCUGUGCUGUCCCUCCUCAGCUAUGAGCAGCUGAUAGCUCAGGAGCAUGGCACCUCCAAGUCGCCCUCUGCUGCGGAGACCUCCCCACGCCGAUUCUCCCUCAGCCCCUCUACACUCAGCCCAAGAACCGCCUCCCCCGGGUCCCGGCCCUCCACUCGGAGCCCCCUCAGCCCCUACGACACUGAGACCUUCAACUGGCCCGAUGUCCGAGAACUCUGCUCCAAGUAUACGUCCCACGACAAGGCUGCCCAAGCUGAGAGCAGCUGGCCACGCGGCCUGCUGGUUAACCGGAGCCACUCCUUGCCUGAGAACAUAGUGGAGCCUCCUGUGUCUGGCAAGGUGGGCCGCUCCUGCAGCCUGAACACUAAGAGGUGCCAGGGAGGUGGGGAGGCCUCCCAGCCUCCACCUCCUGCGUCUCCUCCGCAAAGCAGGCUGAAUGGAGAUGACUCCCUGUAUAUCACCGCAGACCUUACCCUGGAGAAUAACCACCGAGUGAUUGUCAUGGAGAAGGGGCCCCAUCCUGGCUCCACUGUGGGGCUGGAGGAGGGCAGCAGGAAGGAACCGAGUUCACUCCGAGCUUUGAAGGGACAGAGCCAAGGUUCUGAGGAGUCUGCAGAGCACCAGCCCAAGGAAGAGGGUCCCAAGGACCCAGCAGACACAAACAAGCAGGGGAGAGUGAGAAACCUGAGGGAGAAAUUCCAAGCCUUGAACUCUGUGGGCUGACGGACUCCUGAAGGAGAGAACAGCCACGUUGGGGACUGGCGUGCUUCCAAACUGGGCCUGGCUCACUACGGCUGUUCCUCCAUUCUUCUGGAAGAGUGCUUUGGGGAACAUGUGUGAACUCACCUGCUGCCUGUGCUGGCACGUCCUCACCUCCCCAGGGAGGUCCUACGAUCACUGUCCUUAGGCCCAGAUGAGCCACGUGACUUGUAAAUACUUCUCUGAUAAGAAGCCAAAUAUUUUAUUUAAGCUGACUCUGCCCAGACAGAGCAAGCACCGUCCUGGCUUCCCUGACUGGCUAGCCACUGCCUGGCUAAGGACCCAAGGGGGGACCUAGGAAGCAGCCUGGGCAGGCUUUGCUCUUUAACUGCCUUGUCUUAGGACCUAGGCAGGAAUGAGGCCAAUAAUUUAUUGCUUUCAAUCCUGUGGGGUGUGUGUGUGUGUGUGUGUGUGUGUGUGUGUGUGUGUGUGUGUGUCCUGUAACGAACGGAAUGGACUUAGUUCAGGUACUCUUGAAGGUUGUCUUGCUGGCCCCAUGGCUGUUGCUGAUGUACACACAUUUCAUUAUUCGCCAAUGGUGCAAUAACCACUGCUGACCAUCCAGCCAA